AUGGCUUCUCCUUCAAUUUCUCCUGCCAAAGUUGGUCGUACUGAUGGUGAGGCCCCCGAACAUGGCUGGGCUGCUACCAAUGCUUUAGCAGCGAGUACCAAAGAGAUGGGUCCAGGCACUCAUCGAGACACCUUGGAUGACCAUUUUGGAGAUUACAACUGGAGAAAGGUUAUCAUUCUAGCGGACACUCUUUGUGCUCGACUGAAAGAAGCGGUCAAAGCUCGUCUUGAGCAUGUCGAAGAGUUCAUCGGAUACGAGGAUGCUUUGCAGGCUGAGCAUUCAGAAUCUGUCCACUCCUGGAGACAAAUUGUCCUUUCAUGGGAAAACAUAGCUGUGACUGAGAAUGCUGUGCAUCUGGAACUCGCAAGAGAAGAAAAAAAUAUUUCUGCUGUCGAAAUUCGGCAUGAUGUUAGCCCAAGCGAAUUGAUUGCUCAAGGAUUACAACUGGAAGAGGCUCAGGUGCGACUGCAAUGUGAUAUCAAUGCCCUUGGUUCGCAUUCGACAGAUCUACAACACACCAAAGUUCAGGCCCAAGAUAAUCAGACUACACUUUUGCGCACACGGGAUGAAGACCUGCCGUGCCAUUGGAACAACUGUAUCCGCCUUCAAAGAUUCCCCUCUAUCUCCCUUCCGCAGCACUCAGGCUCAAUGCUAUUGAUCCUGACCACCCAGAACACCAUCGUUGCUGAUGAGUGGCGUCUACGUCUUGCCCAGGCCAAUGAUACCUUAGCUGCACUAUGCCAAUGCUACGGCACUAAAGCAAACACCUUAUUUCACCAGGUAGAAGGCAAGAUUGCGGCCGACGUUGCAAGGUACCAGCGAAUCUACACAGCAUUGUCGUCCAUGUCUGUGAAGUUAAAUAGGUUUGAGUGGCAGGGGAUUCUUCACCCUCUGAAGAACGAAGAUGUUCGAGGUCUUGAUCAGUACAAUGAGUUGACAUCAGAGGGUCAUCGCAACCUGGCGUGGAUUUGGAAAACCAAUCUCCAAGAGGGAGAUAAAGGUCUCCAGGAAGGCAAGCGGCUACUGUCCCAACAUCCAUUGCAAAUUGAGUGGUGUAAGUCUUGGGCACGAGCUCAGCGGUGGCAAGAAGAAUGUGAUCUGCUGACUGAGGAACUGCAUCGCGUUCAAGUCACUUUCGCUUACUACGCCCAGCGAUGGACCAAACGAGUGGAGUUUAGUUCGCUUCCCGGUGCAAGAGCUUAUGCUUUUAGGCAAGUGGCGCUGUGGAGCGAGCUUCACGCAGAUGCAGAAGCAAAAUGGCUUGACGUCCAGACCAGUCUAGACUUGAAUUCAUCUAAGCACAGUAUAGCAACUACAGAUCUUGAUAACCGUACCAUCAACCAAGUAGAUAAUGUGUAG